AGGGUUUUCAAGCUUGUUUAUAUUAGUCACUAAUUAGGUUGGCCUUUCAGUCAGCAGUGUGUUUGUUUUGUAUGAUGCUGUAGUGAGCUAACUUACAUUAGCAUUGUGGUAAGGUGCAACAUGAACUCUAUAACAAUGAGGCUGCAUAUCCUCAGCAGACUCAGGGUAUCAUGUCUCUGAUCCUGUUUGCGUUCGUGGUGCGGGUCAGGGAUGGACUCCCCCUGUCAGCUUCCACAAACUUUGAGCACAAUAAAGAGCUCCAGGAGAGGAAGCAGCAGCUCAGGACCAUCAGCAAGUCACUGGCCCGUUUUCCUGACAGAGGAACCAUUAAGGGCCAGAAGCUCAAUAUAUACGUCGUCUCCUCAGAGGGUGUAUCCUACAUGAGCGUGUGCCACAGCAGCCUCCCCGCUGCUAAAGCCUUCUGCUUCCUGGAAGAUUUGCGUUGGGAGUUCACAGCAUGCUUCAACAACACUGUCAUUUCCCUGGCAGCCAGGCCAUAUCCAUUUUUGGAAUUUGACAGCACUAUUCAAAAACUGAAGCAGCAGUACAACCAGAGUGGAGGUCCUGCACUAGAGGUGACUCUUGCAGAGGUCCAAGAGGACCUGAGGAUCCGUCCACCACAAGUGAUUAAUCUGGAUGAAGUGGAGCUGUCCAAUGGGACAGCAAAUGGACACAUAGACCAAACUGCUGCAUCUGCAGGUAUAAAUCAGAGGCUUGAACCAGUGACAGCCCCGGGCAUCCUUUCUUUGGUCCUUAAUAUCAUGUGUGCAUCUUUGAAUGUGAUCCGCGGGGUGCACCUUGUAGGGAACACCUUCCAGGAUGACUACGAAGGCAUUUGGAACGUUGUGGCAUUUUUCCUUGCAUUCAUCUGCUGUGCUUUUCAGUGCCACCUCUACCUGUUCCACUCGUCUCUGAAGAAGCUGAAGUCAUUCGUCCUUUUGAGCAUAAUUGUCCUAUGCAACUUGUACCUGCUCGGCAUGAGGAACAUAUGGCAGCUCCUCUUCCACAUUUCCGUGGCCUCCUUCUCCACCUCACUCACUCUCACUCGCAGAUUCCAGCAGAGAACCAAUGACUGUGGAGUCUGAGGGGUUCAGAACUGUUCAAUGUGCCGCAUCGACCCAGUAUUCAGAUCGUUGGAGACGUAAACUUGGAUUUUUUUUAUAAUCACUAAAAUGAAGACAAUAAUGAAUGAAAAUUCUUAAAGCUCCAGCUAGUAUUCUCUUGUACAUAGGAACCAUUUUUACUUUGUUUUUUCAAGACAAGAAAACAAAAAUUAGCUGUGAGUCUGAACACAGAAAUGUCCAGUUAACCUCAAACCAAAACAACAAAGAAAAAUACAUCUCAAGAAAGUUGGAUAAGUUUUUCCGGUCAAAGUUGCUCACCAAAGUUUUCUACAAAGAGACCAUUAACCUUUCUUAACAGUGGUGGCUACUCUGGAUCUUGUGACCCAUGUUUGCUCAUGUUCUGCUUCAGCUUUUCCAUGCCUUUUAUUAUUGGUGCAUAAUUGCUUUUCAUGGUUCUCUGAAGGUUAGUGAUUAUUGUGCUUUUAAGACAGGAAGGACAUACCUUAAUGGGUGAAAAUAUGUUGCUUUAGUAGGAAUGUAGUUUAUUUUUUAUAGUUUAAAUUAACUAAAUAGAUAAUCUGAGGGAUAGCUCUCUGUGCUGCUUGUUUGCUUUCUAUUAUCCAGUAAUCAUUUAGCUAAAACAAACGCAUAAAUCAAAGUUAUUUACACAAACGUUGUGGGUUUGUUAAUGUCUUACAUUAUGACAAAGUGGUUGGGUUCAGUUAUCUUAUUUUGUUUUAGCUGCUCUAGCUGAAGGCUUUGUUGAGGUAAAAAGUUCAUUAUCCUUUCAAUAACCUCUGCUAUCCGGACACAUUUUCUUCCAGUUCUAAGUUUACAUUCUAUUUUAGGAAGUAUAGAUAUUUCUUAAGUAGAGAUCCUGGGCAGUGAAAUCGCUACACUGAGUGCUCACGAGGCACAGUAACUAUACCUACUUUAGGUAUCAGCAACAUUUUAAAAUGAAGUCAGAAGCUAUUUAGAAGAAAAAUAUUUUUUACAACGUGUUAAAACAUGUUUGUGUUUCAUUAAGGCUGCAAGAGAGUAACUUUCAGCAGAUAACAGGACAGCUGAACAGAGUAUAGCAAAGUUGCUUUUGUUAGCAUCUCUGACUUAUGCAACAUCCUGGAUUUGGAAAUGUUGAUCGUAGAGUUUAUGUAAGGACAUACAUUCCCCUGGGAAUAGACACAGAGACUCCAAAUCACUCAAAAAUCUGUUUUUUUUUUUUUACAGAAACUGCUAUGUCUGACAGUGUGGCGUAGCUUCUGUGCCUAAUUCAAACAUUGAAUGACUACUCACGACAGGAAGGCUGUAGAAGCACAAUUUGAAUGCUUUCUUAUAUAUUCUUGUAUUGUAGUACUUAAAGAGAAAUCAUGAAAAUUGGUUUGGGCAGCUCAGAUCUUUGCAAAAUCUGCUGAAAUAUUUUGAUCGGGGCAUCUCUACAUUUUAGUUCUGUCUUUUUCAACUGAUGUAACAAUUUAAACAGAUAAUAAUGAUAUGAAAGCACUGUUUUCUUAAAUAUAGUUUGUUUUAAAAAGCUGCACUAUUAUGUAAAGAGUACUUAUCAGGGUUUUAUUGCUGAAUGUUUUAAAUUUAGAGUUAAUUUAUAUUUAUUUUUUAGUUUUCUGUAUGCUUUGGGGGCUCAACACAUCUGCUUUCUGUUUGUAGUUUUUACAUUAAUAUAAAUGAAGAAAUGUAAUUUAUCUACAUUUAUGUUUGAGUACAAAUUCAUGAAAGAUACAUGAAAAGAUGGGGUGUCAUGUAGUAACUCUUGUAGUGAUUGUUUUGUUUUAAUGACAGCUUUUAGUUGCUAAACUGAGUCAUAGCAAGCAGUGGCAGUUAAUGUGUUAAUGCAGCUGCUGCCGUCAUGGCUGCUGUACAGGAUCUGUUUUUCCCUAUUAAGUAUUGACACCUUGAUACAUGUAGAAAGUUGGACUAAUAGUGUAAACUCUCCCUGUUCCUCUGUAAUUUCCAAAACAGAAGUGAUUUUUGGUUUAGAUGCUUUUCUGCAGGAUCCGUGAGCUAGUUUUUACUAGAUUACCAGAUUUUUCUUUUGUAUGAAUGAUUUUACACAGAACUCCAAUAAUGCUUUCUGUCUGUGUUUAAACGGAUUUCCUCAUUGCUGAUUCUCAAGUGAUCAAAUGUGGUAAAUAUGAAUAACUAGUUGUUUCUUUGCAAGGUAGACCAGAUAACUUGUAUAAUGAUCCUUAACGUUUUCAGGACAUUUGCCUGGCGAACGUUAAAGCGAUGUGAGACGAGGGUGGAUUAUUUUUACGGUGAAGAUCAUGAAUUGACAGAAACACACUGUUCAAAUGAAACAUGACAGUCUCCUUGCUUUUUCACAACGGAUAUAAAACGUUUUUCCUUCCAGCUUCCAGGACAGGUAUCAGUAAAUGCUUUUCAUUGCUGCAGAAGUAAAGGCAUCACUCCAUUUAGAAUAAGAACUAUAAACAUUGGUCAUGUUUAUUUUCACAAAUAAACAACUUUUAGUAUUUAAA